UAACAGCUUCUCAGUUAUAAAUACAGUUAGAAACAAGGACGUGUAAAAAGAUUUGUCUCUAGAAUAUUAUUUUGAGUUUGGUUUCUUCGAAAUACCAUUUAGAAUACAAUUUGUUGUAGUUCUUUUGAUGUUGUAAAAUUUGAAGUUGUUGCGAUGGAAGACACAAAGGAUUUGCCACCACCAUAUGAAUGCAACCCAUAUUUACAACAGAAUGAAUAUGGAAAUCCCUAUGGUCAACCCUCUGGUCAAUUUAUGCAGCCGCAAAGACAGUAUAUGCCACAGCAACUUAUACAACAACAACCUAUGCAUCAAAUGAGUUCACACACAACAGUGGUAUUGUCACAACCUGAAGCUCCAGUCAUCACAACCUUGCCUUAUAACUACAGUUCAUUGGCGUGGCGGUCUUGUUUGUUUUGUUGUUGUCCGCUAGGUAUUGUGGCAAUUAUCAAAUCUAACGAGGUUGAUGCUGCUAUCUCAGCUGGGGAUAUGCAAAGAGCACAAAAAGCCUCCGAAGAAGCACGACGUUAUGGAAACAUGGCCGUGUACGUUGGUGUAGCAUUUCACCUGUUGGGCAUAAUUUUUGUAGUUCUGGCGCGAACAAUGUUCCAGAAUUAAGACAUUUGUUUGUUUGUGUUACAUUCUACUUCCAAUUGUUUAAGUAGUACACUUUACGACUGGCUAAGCCUUUUUAUGAAACGGUUAUUAUUGCAAUAUCACAAGAAAGUUGUUUUAGUGUAAUAAAUUUAAAAAAAUUUCAAUUUCGAAGUACAUACUUAAUACAACCCAAUAGCUUGCUCCCCACAUGCAAAUCCUGCGUUCACACUGUUUAUUUUUUCUUUAUCACUAAACUUAAUCGUUCGAUAGUGUUUAACUUUUUACGACCAACAGUUUUUACUCACCAUUUUUAUAUAUAUGUUUUCAUCGACAUAAACUUAUCUUAUCUUAUUGUUUUUUGAAUUUUUAACUAAAUCUUAGUUAUUAUUUAUCUUAUAUUUUCACAUACAUAUUAUACAGUUGUUACUACUUUCAAUUAUCGCACUUUUGAAGCAAAAAACCUCUUCGCUAAUUAAAAUUGUUCGCUUUUUCGAAAGGUGAUAUAUUCAGGUUUAUUUUUAUUAAAUUGAGUAUAUUUUAUGUAUUUUUGGGUUUUUUGGGGGGUUUUGGGGUUUGUGAGAAUUUUUCAAGACCAGAGUCUUAUAUAUCUUA